GAAGUGCUUCUUCGGGUGUUCAUCCACGUGGGUCUGCGCUGAAAAAACCGUGGCUCGGCAGUUUUCUUCCGGCCUCCCCUCUCUGGCCGUUUCUCCCCCACCCGCCUUUCUGGACGCCAGCUCCUGGAACAGAAACUAACAUGGCGUCCCAGGAAGACAGCUUCCCUCGAGGGGGUUCAAAGAAGAAGGUGAAUCCAGAAAAGGCUCCCCAGCAGCCAAUUGAACGUGAUAACUUAUUUGAUAUUCCUACAGAGGAAGGAUCCCGCAAAAGAAAAAGGAGCCAAGAACAAGCUGCUAAAAAUAAAAGGCCAAAAGCAGAAAAGAAAGAGCCCAGCAAAUCUGAAGCAGAGCAGUAUGGGAUACUCAGCAUUGAGACUCUGAGUGAGGGAAUGCGGCUCCUGGGCUGUGUGAAAGAGGUGAAUAAUCUGGAGCUUGUGAUCAGUCUGCCUAAUGGCCUCUGGGGAUAUGUGCAAGCAACCAGUAUCUGCGAUGCCUAUACCAAGAAGCUGAAUGAACAGGUGGAUCAGGAGGAGCCCCUGAAGGACCUGGCUCCCUUGUCCAAGUUAUUCCAGCCAGGGAUGCUGGUACGCUGUGCUGUCAGCAGCCUGAAGUCUGCCUCACAGAAGAAGAGCAUCAAACUGUCCCUGAACCCCAAGGAUGUUAACGGAGUGCUCAGCUCUGCAUCCCUGAAGCCAGGCAUGCUGCUCACAGGGGCAGUACACAGCGUGGAAGACCAUGGUUACCUGGUGGAUAUUGGUGUGGGUGGUACCAAAGCCUUCCUACCUUGGCAGAAAGAUCAGGAGUACAUCAAACAGAAGAACAAAGGUACUAAACUGCAUGUGGGCCAGUAUCUGAACUGCCUCAUUGAAGAAGUGAAAGGCAAUGGAGGGAGUGUCCGUCUGUCCACUCUACAGUCAGAGGUUUCUGCAGCCAUUGCUACAGAGGAGCAAAACUGGACACUGGAUAACAUGUUACCAGGGCUGGUGGUUAAAGCGCAGGUACAGAAGGUGACCCCUCAUGGUCUCACCCUAAGCUUCCUCUCUUCCUUCACUGGACUGGUUGACUUUAUGCACUUGGAUUCUAAAAAGACAGGACAUUACUUUCAAACCCAAAUGGUGAGGGCCUGUAUCCUCUCAGUUCAUCCACGUACCAAGUCUGUCCGACUAACAUUGCACUCUUCCUUCCUGCAAGCCGGUCGCCCCAUCACUCGUCUCUGCCACCAUCUCAUUGGAGCUGUGUUGAAUGACGUGCCUGUCCAGGGCUUCUAUGCAAAGGCUGGUGCCACCUUCAGGCUGAAGGAUGGGUCUCUGGCCUAUGCUAGGAUCAUGCACCUCUCCCAGACUGAGAAGUCUUUUAAGCCAGAGAAGUUUAAGCCUGGAAAUCUGCACAAGUGUCGGGUUAUUGAUUUCAGCCCAAUGGAUGAUCUGGCUUUGUUGUCUUUGAAAACGAGUAUCAUCGAAGCCCCAUUCCUGAGAUAUCAUGACCUCCACCCAGGGCAGAUAGUCAAGGGCAAAGUGUUUGCACUAAGAUCCUAUGGGGUGAUCGUGAAGGUGACUGAUCAAAUCAAGGGCCUGGUGCCUACCUUGCACUUGGCUGAUGUCCAGAUCCGGCAUCCUCAGAAGAAGUAUCACAUCCAAGAUGAGGUCAAGUGCCGGGUUCUGUUGUGUGACCCCGAGAACAAGAAACUGCUAAUGACUUUGAAAAAGUCCCUGGUGGAAUCCAGCCUCCCAGCUCUCACAAGCUACAAGGAAGCCAAGCCUGACUUACAGACACACGGUUUCAUCAGCAGCAUCAAGGACUUUGGUUGUAUUGUCAAGUUCUAUAAUGAUGUGAGGGGCCUGGUACCCCAGAAGGAGCUGGGUGCCCAGCCCAUCUUGGCCCCAGAGGAAGUCUUCUAUGUAGGACAGGUAGUGAAGGUCACGGUGCUGACAAGUGAGCCUGAGCAGGAGAGGAUGCUCUUGUCAUUCAGGCUGUCCAGUGACAAAGGGACGGAAGGCCCAGCCCAGAGUCAGAAGAAAGCUACAAUCAAGAUUGGGCAGUUAGUAGACGUGAAGGUGAAGAAGAAGACUGAGAAGGGAUUGGAGGUGUCCAUCCUCCCCGACAACAUCAGUGCUUUGCUUCCCACAACACACCUGUCAGACAACGUCAUCAAUAGUCAGUUGCUCUGCCACUGGCUCCAGCCAGGUGACGUCCUCCACAAGGUCUUGUGUUUGAGCCACAGUGGUGGUCACAUUGUCCUAUGCAGGAAACCAGCACUGAUCUCUGCUGUGGAGAGUGGCCAAGAUCCCAAGGUCUUUUCUGAAUUCCAGCCUGGGAUGUUGCUUACUGGCUUUGUAAAAAGUAUCAAGGACUAUGGCAUCUUUGUCCAGUUCCCAUCGGGCCUCAGUGGAUUGGCUCCCAAGUCAGCUUUGAGUGACAAGUUCGUGACCACAAUCAGUGACCACUUUGCUGAGGGUCAGACAGUGGUUGCAAAGGUAACCAACGUGUAUGAGGAGAAACAGCGAAUGUUGCUCUCCCUGCGUCUGUCAGAUGUCAAUCAGGAGGACAUGGCUGUUAGCUCCCUCACUCUCCUAAGCCAGUGUUUGGAGGAGCUGCAAGGUGUUCGAAGCCUCAUGAGCAACAGGGAUUCUGUGCUGAGUCAAACCCUGGCUGAGAUGACUCCAGGGCUACUUGUGGAUUUGGUGGUACAGGACACGGCAGGCGAUGGCUCGGUGGUGUUCAGCAGUGGCUCAGUACCUGGCCUGGUGUUGAGGGCCAGCAGAUAUCACCAGGGAGGGAAGGCGAUGGAUCCUGGGCAAAGAGCAAAAGCUGUUGUUCUUCAUGUUGAUACGCUGAAGUCAGAAGUUCUCGUUUCCCUUCGCCAGGAGCUAGUGAACAGAAAAGCCAAGCAGCUGAAGAAAGACACUGAGCACCGAGCAGUUAUCGAGCACCUGGAAAAGACAUUUGCCAUAGCCUCCUUGGUGGAGACUGGCCAGCUAGUGGCUUUCCCAGUGACCUCUCACCUUAAUGACACCUUUCGUUUUGACUCAGAGAAAUUGCAAGUUGGUCAGAGGGUCUCCUUGAUCAUCAAGAGUGCAAAGCCCAGUGACAUUGGCCUCUUCCUAGCCGUUGAGAGUUCGGUCAAGAAGAGGACUCCAGCUCUGCCCCCUGUAGCUCCAGAGCCUGCAGGGGAAGAGCCAGGAGUGGUGAGCAGUCUGCUGGAGAAACCCACACUGUCCAUUGGGGAGAUGGUCACUGGGACAGUGAAGUCUGUCAAGGCUACCCAUGUCGUUGUGACCCUCGAGAACGGGCUUGUUGGCUGUAUCCACGCCUCACAGAUCCUGGAUGAUGUGCCUCUUGGCAGCCAGCCCACUACCAAGCUUAAAGUUGGAAAGCCAGUCACUGCCCGAGUGAUUGGCCAGAGAACUCUGCUAACUCACAAGUCCCUCCCAAUCAGCCAUCCAUCAAGUGCUACACAGACUGUCUCUGAGCUGAGUAUUCGACCAAGUGAGCUAAAGAAAGACAUCAGCAACGACCCCAGCGCUCACUCCUCUAGUCCCACAGAGAAGCUCAAACAGUAUUCUCCCGGCCAGAUGGUGAUCUGUUUUAUGAGAAAGUUCAACGUGAUCAAAAAAUGGCUUGAGGUGGAGAUAAGCUCUGAUAUUCGGGGAAGAAUCCCUCAGCUGUUGACCUCUCUCAGUUUUAAGGUUCUGAAGCAUCCAGAGAAGAACUUCAAGAUUGGCCAAGCCCUGAGUGCGACUGUGGUUGGCUCAGAAUCCACAAAGGGCUUCCUUACCUUGUCUCUCAUAGGUCCUUACAAGUUAGAAGAAGGGCAAGUAGCCAUGGGUCGCGUGGUGAAGGUGAUCCCCAAAGAGGGACUGCAGGUCCUCUUCCCCUUUGGGACAGUUGGGAAAGUUAGCAUCUUCCACCUGAGCGAUUCUUACCUGGAGGCACCCUUGGAAGGCUUCCACCCGGAGAAGAUCGUCAGGUGUUGUGUGCUGUCCACCAAAGACCCCACGCUGACCCUGUCGCUACGACAGUCCAGAACAAAUCCCAGAAUGAAAAACAAAAUAGAAGACCCUGAAGUGAACUCAGUCAAGGACGUUAAAAAAGGGCAGCACCUACGGGGCUACGUAGAGGCUGUCAAGAAGCUGGGGGUGUACUUUCGCAUUAGCCCCACCCUUGUGGGUCGGGUCAGGUACCAGCAUGUUACCAAGUACUUCCUGUCUGACAGAGCUUUGUACCGAACUUACCUCCCGGAAGGAAAGCUGCUUUCAGCCAAGGUCUUGAGGGUGAACCGGAAGCAGAACCUGGUCUAUCUGUCCUUCCUCUCCAAAGACACUAGAAAGCCAGAUGUGUUUCCUGAGUCUCUGGGUCUGCCACUGCGGGACCAGGGGAAGGAGAUGGUCGGCAGUCAGCCUAAGAAGCAGCAGAAAUUGGAGGAAGGGGAGGAGCAAGGGAAUGGUGACUCUAGGACAAAACAGAAGGAGGAGAAGCACGAAGAACCCAAGACAAAACAGAAACAGGAGCUGCAAAAGACCAACGGCAAACCGGUGGAGAAGGCAGCAAGUAAAGGGAAGCGGAAGAUGCCAGAGUUGGAAGGAGAACAGGCGAGAGUUAACAAGAAGAAAAAGCAAAACCUCCUUUCUGAAGAAGAUGAUAGUGGAGUUGAAGUUAAUUAUGAGGAGAAAGAGAAGAGACUUAAACAACUCAAGAAGAAGCAGACCAAGCCCACAGAAGUCCCCAGGCUGCAGCUAUCUUCGGGCUUUUCGUGGGAUGUGAGUCUGGACAUGCUCACCCCAGCCGUGCCACACCAAGAGGAGAGUUCGGACAGUGAAGAAGAGGAAGCCAGCCAAGCCACGUUGAAGAAGAAGAGCAAGAAGGACAAGGAGCUGGAGAAGCAGCAGGCAGAGAAGGAGCUGGUGCGCAUCGAGACAGCCCUGAUGGACCCCAAUUGGCAGCCCCAGACUGCCGACGACUUUGAUCGCCUGGUCCUGAGCUCCCCCAACAGCUCCAUUCUAUGGCUUCAGUACAUGGCCUUCCACCUGCAUGCCACGGAAAUCGAGAAGGCCCGAGCCGUGGCUGAGAGGGCACUCAAGUCCAUUUCCUUCAGAGAAGAGCAGGAGAAGCUCAAUGUGUGGGUGGCCCUGAUGAACCUGGAGAACAUGUACGGUACCAAGGACACUCUGACCAAGGUCUUUGAGCGGGCCGUGCAGUACUGUGAGCCCUUGAAGGUCUUUGUCCAGCUGGCCGACAUCUACACCAAGUCGGAGAAGUACCAGGCAGCCGAAGAGCUCUACAGUCGGAUGUUGAAACGUUUCCGACAAGAGAAGAGCGUCUGGAUCAAAUACGGUGCCUUCCUCCUUCAGAGGGGGCAAGCCGACGCCAGUCACCGCCUGCUGCAGCGGGCCUUCGCUUGUCUGCCUCAGAAAGAACAUGUGGAUGUCAUCUCCAAAUUUGCCCAGCUUGAGUUCCACCUGGGGGACGCAGAACGAGCCAAGGCCAUGUUUGAGAACACCCUUAGCAGCUACCCAAAGCGCACAGAUGUCUGGUCCGUCUACAUUGACAUGGUCAUCAAGCAUGGGAACCAGAAGGAAGUCCGGGACAUCUUUGAGCGAGUGGUGCACCUGAGUCUGGCUCCCAAGCGCAUGAAGUUCUUCUUCAAACGCUACCUGGACUAUGAGAAACAGCAUGGCACAGCUGAGACGGUGCAGGCCGUCAAGGAGAAAGCCUUGAGCUAUGUGGAGGCCAAGAGCACGCUUGCUGACAGCUAGUGAUGGACCCCAGGGCCCAGCCAGGGUGCACAAGCAUCCUCCCAGAGAUCUCUCCUGGAGAGAUCCAUCAUGGGGGGAGGGGUAGGAGGGGCUUUAUGUAAGUGUUGUUUGUGGUGACACCGGGUAGCCCUGUAAAAACCAGGUGUGAUCCGCCCUUGUCAGAACUUGUGUUGUGUGUGUGUGUGUGAGAGAGAGAGAGAGAGAGAGAGAACAUAUAUCAGUCAUGGUCAAUGUAUCAUAUCAUUUUUCUGAACUUUGUUUUUCUUUUUUGUUAUAGGGAUA